AUGAAUCGUUAUCGAAAUGCCCCAAACCUCAGAGGUCCUAGCAAAGCCUCGGCGACUACAGUAUGCCAAAAAUGUCUAAAACGAGAUAUGUUCUCCUCAAUAUCUACUUUGAAAUGGUCUUGUACUGACUUUGACAUACGUCAUUAUAGCUAUGAAUGCAAGGCGACAGCACAAGAGCGUCCAUACAUAUCGCGACCGUCACGAACUCAGCAAUUGCAAAACCCACGGUUAAUGCCUAAACUAUCGACAGAGGUCCCAGAUGACCAUGUGCGCACCAAUGGCGUGGCCGAUGAGAUACUGGCCAAGCGGGAAGAAGAGCGUGGCCGCAGGAGAGACCAAGAUAAUACAGAUCGUCAUGGUCGUUCUCCAAAGCGAGCAAGAUCUGUUUCAUCUCAUUCUACCCAUUCAGUCGCCACAAUAUCCACAACCCGCUCUGCAUCCGCAUCACCUGAUCGUGAUCGCAAGCAAAGUGGACAUGCUAAAGAUCGUCAACCCAAAGUCUCGCCUCCUCCCGGGAAAAACCGCAAGAGAAGAUACAGCGAUUCUGGCGAUAGCCUUAGUGGAUCUUCUUAUUCAUCAGGUGCCAGUCAUCGUUCUAGGUCACGAGAGUGGGCCGAAGAUAGAAACAUCCGGCGUCGUCGCCGCGAGAGCAGCCCGGAAGAACGUGGAAGACAUCGAGACUCCCGUAAAGCUCGAGACAAUCCACGCAGUCGCAGUAUAAAUAAGAGCCAAAUCACAAAGGAACGACGGUCCAUGACCCCGAAUCCCGGGCAUGACCGCUCUGAACAGCGGUCCUACCGGGAUCGACAUGAUCCUUCUGCUCAGCCAACACGACCCAAACAAGAAUCUCGAGCUCGCCCAGGUCCACCUCGAGAGCGCAGUAUGAGCCCAUAUAGCAGGCGCCUUGCUUUGACACAGACUAUGAAUAUUUCUCGUUGA